AUGAGUGGAAGAAAGAUCGAUUGGCAAAAUCACGCCUUGGUGGACAUCAUGGGCAUCGACAAGGCUCACCUGUCGAGAACUCUCGAGUCACGGGCAAUAGAGGUUGCUCUGACCAAAGUCGUCGAGGGCGGCGUGGCAGGCUAUUACUCGCAGUUCCGCAAGAUUGUGGUACCGAUUCUGAAUGAUGACCCUGGCUGCGAUGGGCAUUUCAUAAGCCCCUUGGUCGAAAACCCCCCAGGACCAAUUGCUUUUGAUCAAUUGGAAAUCAGUCGACGCACAUCAUGA